AUGGAGCAACAAUUACGAACACAAACACGUCGAAAUAAAAUUCUAUGGUGGGGCAUCCCAAGUGUAGUCCUCGGUAUCGCAAUUUGAACACCAAAAACGCCACUCUCAUCAACUAAAUCUGGCUGGUCAUGGAUGUCAUUCGGUGGAAAUCACCCGGCAAAAAAAACAAUGAGUCCACCUAAUUCACCAUCGUCCAGUUUGGAUCUCAGCCAUAUAACAUCAAGAUUAAUGGGUACGUAUCCGACUAAAUUCUAUAGUCAGACUGGUGUGAAUGAAUACUAUAAAGAAAACGGACAAAAGAGAGUUAAUAAAGAAAACGUAGUGCCGGCCGGCGACAUAGUGAAUGAGUUCCACCAAGAAGUGGCAGAGUUCCAGUCAAUCGUUCAGCUGCUUUAA